AUGUUAGUUACUGUGGUAUCGUCUGCAGAGGCCACAGCGCCUUGUUCCGGCACCGCAAGCUGCACACGGGCGAGACGCCGUACCACUGCGAGUACUGCCCCAAGCAGUUCCGGCGCCGCACCGGGCUCGUCAACCACAUCCGCAUGCACACUGGUUCGUUGUUACAUGUCAGUUACUGUGGUAUCGUCUGCAGAGGCCACAGCGCCUUGUUCCGGCACCGCAAGCUGCACACGGGCGAGACGCCGUACCACUGCGAGUACUGCCCCAAGCAGUUCCGGCGCCGCACCGGGCUCGUCAACCACAUCCGCAUGCACACUGGUUCGUUGUUACAUGUUAGUUACUGUGGUAUCGUCUGCAGAGGCCACAGCGCCUUGUUCCGGCACCGCAAGCUGCACCGGGCUCGUCAACCACAUCCGCAUGCACACUGGUUCGUUGUUACAUGUCAGUUACUGUGGUAUCGUCUGCAGAGGCCACAGCGCCUUGUUCCGGCACCGCAAGCUGCACACGGGCGAGACGCCGUACCACUGCGAGUACUGCCCCAAGCAGUUCCGGCGCCGCACCGGGCUCGUCAACCACAUCCGCAUGCACACUGGUUCGUUGUUACAUGUUAGUUACUGUGGUAUCGUCUGCAGAGGCCACAGCGCCUUGUUCCGGCACCGCAAGCUGCACACGGGCGAGACGCCGUACCACUGCGAGUACUGCCCCAAGCAGUUCCGGCGCCGCACCGGGCUCGUCAACCACAUCCGCAUGCACACUGGUUCGUUGUUACAUGUCAGUUACUGUGGUAUCGUCUGCAGAGGCCACAGCGCCUUGUUCCGGCACCGCAAGCUGCACACGGGCGAGACGCCGUACCACUGCGAGUACUGCCCCAAGCAGUUCCGGCGCCGCACCGGGCUCGUCAACCACAUCCGCAUGCACACUGGUUCGUUGUUACAUGUCAGUUACUGUGGUAUCGUCUGCAGAGGCCACAGCGCCUUGUUCCGGCACCGCAAGCUGCACCGGGCUCGUCAACCACAUCCGCAUGCACACUGGUUCGUUGUUACAUGUCAGUUACUGUGGUAUCGUCUGCAGAGGCCACAGCGCCUUGUUCCGGCACCGCAAGCUGCACCGGGCUCGUCAACCACAUCCGCAUGCACACUGGUUCGUUGUUACAUGUCAGUUACUGUGGUAUCGUCUGCAGAGGCCACAGCGCCUUGUUCCGGCACCGCAAGCUGCACCGGGCUCGUCAACCACAUCCGCAUGCACACUGGUUCGUUGUUACAUGUCAGUUACUGUGGUAUCGUCUGCAGAGGCCACAGCGCCUUGUUCCGGCACCGCAAGCUGCACACGGGCGAGACGCCGUACCACUGCGAGUACUGCCCCAAGCAGUUCCGGCGCCGCACCGGGCUCGUCAACCACAUCCGCAUGCACACUGGUUCGUUGUUACAUGUCAGUUACUGUGGUAUCGUCUGCAGAGGCCACAGCGCCUUGUUCCGGCACCGCAAGCUGCACACGGGCGAGACGCCGUACCACUGCGAGUACUGCCCCAAGCAGUUCCGGCGCCGCACCGGGCUCGUCAACCACAUCCGCAUGCACACUGGCGAAAAGCUAUACAGCUGUGAUAUUUGCUUCAAGACGUUCGUGCAGAGCGCGCAACUGUCGAUACACAUCAAGCGGCACAAGGGCGACAAGUCAUUUUUGUGCCAGGACUGCGGGAAAGACUGGGCGAACGGGCUCGCGCGGCACGCUGGUCAUCCUGCUCACCCUGCUAUUGAGUGA